AUGUUACGGGGGGCGGGCGGAUCUCCCUCUUCAAAAGGGAUUAAAAUACCUGUUGAAAUCUGCAAAAGAGAAGUUCCUUAUUGCUGGUGUCAUUCUUUUUUUAAAGUAGUAAUUCAGUUAUGGAAGUUGCUAUCAAGAAUGAUAUGCACAUUUUCAGCAUGUGAUCAUAAUGCAGUGCGUGCUUGUGAGUACUGGAAAUCAAAACCUGAAUAUUAUUAUUUUGACCAUAGUUCCAUUGACUCUUCUAAACAAAAGUGUACAAAAUAUACCAAGAACAAUUUGUGCGUAGAAACAGGCUUGUGUGCUUAG